AUGCUCCUGCUUGGGCUGAGCAGGACUGGCUGGCUGCAGCUGUGCCCCUGGCAUUGCUGGGGCUGUGGGCAAGCGCUCAGGCUAUGGAGCAACCUGGGAGUGGCUGGACAACCCCUGUCCUUGCUCCAAACCGUGGUGGGAAGAACUGCCUGCCCCCUUCACCCCUGCCUUGCUUCCCUCGACAGUCCAGCCCAGAAACUCGUCUUCAACAGAGUGAACGGCAAGAGACCGCAGGUGCUGCCGCAGCAGAUCUCAGCCCCUGAGGAAUGCUACACACUGGCCCACGAGGAGAAUGUCCGCUUUGUCUAUGAAGCCUGGCAGCAGGUAGAGCAGCAGCUGGACGGCAGCCGGAGUGGGGAGAGCGCCUGCGGCCCUGUGCAGUAUGUAGAGAAAACCCCCAACCCUGGACUGAAAAACUUUGUUCCCAUUGACCUGGAGGAGUGGUGGGCACAGCAAUUUCUGGCCAAAAUUGAAAACUGCUCAUAAAAGGGAAGAAAGGUUUGGGUUGGUUUGUUUUUUUUUUAAAGAGAAACAAAGGUGAGAGCAUCUGGUCAGAACCCAGAAUCAGUGGCAUUUUAGAGAACCACAUUUUUAAAAUGAUGACCGAAAUCAAGUGACCCAUGCUGCCAGCCCAGUGAGGCCAGCAGGACCGGACCACAGCCAUGCCUGGCCACAUGCCCCUUCCCUGCGCCCGGCGUGGAGGAGCAGCCUGCGGCCCCAGCCAGGAUUCCUUAAGUGCCAGUUUUUGGACCGCUGCAGCUUCCAGCUCCCAGGGACACUGUGGUGCCGUGUUGGGGAUGAGGGAGCGGAACCCCUGCCGCAGCGGGAGCCACGGGGAGGACAGUGGGGUGCUGUAGCAGGACUGCCAGACAAUAAAGUGCUGAAACUGCCCGUGGAGAGACACUUGCAGGAGGGGGAGGAUGUGUUUGCAGGAGGUGGUGAAGCAGCUGGGGUGCAGUGUUGUGCCCUGGGCUGGUGCGGAGCAGGGCAUCCCUGUGGAGGGGGGAUGCUCGUGGCUGAGUUGUUGGGUGCUGUGCUACUCUGGAAGAGGGCUUGGAGUUUUCCCCUGGCUUCCUCGGAGCUGCAUCCUUGCCUGGGUGCUGCUUCAUCUCCCUGUGCUUAGCCAGGGCCUGGUGCUGCCUUGGGUGUGUGUUGGGAGGGGGCAGGGGGACAUUUGGGCAUCAGCAAGUGACAGGGGAAGGGGGCCAAGCUCCCUGGCUGUGGUUCAGAGCCAGGCUGCAGCAUGUAGGAGGGUAAAGCUGCAGGAAUGAGGGUGCUGGGGCCAGUCCACCUACUGCCAUGGAGGCCCUUGACAUUGUUCUAAUGGCUAUUUUGAGCCUCAAGGUCUCCCCCUUGCCCAUGGCUGUUGGGGUGCAUUGAGGAGCUAAGAGAGAGUGGUUGUGACUGCCUGUGGUGGGAUAGGGACCUCAACUUAUGCUCCCACAGGCAUUUGGCCCACAAAAAUCCCUUAGCCCAUGCACUUUCCCAUGGACAUGGAUUGGGCCCUUCCAGGUCAGGUUCUGGAGCACACCCCAAUUCCCCCAUGUCCUCCCCUGCAAGGCUGAGAGCAGAGAGCAGAACAGCCCAAGCCCAGGGGGGUUGGAGCUGCUCUCUGACUCCAAAGGAGGCCAGGAAACAUCCACUGGAAAAAAAAAAAUUUAUUAUUCCUAUGAUGAAUAACAACCACACUGCAGCCAGAAGGGAGCAGCAACACCUGGAACCUGUGAUGCUUCUCCCACCACACAUGGCUGCUGCUGCCUGGGAGGCCAGAGUGUUGCCAACAGCAGCUGUGACCCUGCCAGCACAAAACCUGGCUAAUGUGCCUGGCUGAGCCAGCCCUGUCCCACCUUCUGGCCCUGGGCUGGGGUAACUGGGCACUGCAGUUGUAACUGGAACACUGAGCAGCACCACACAGAGCCAGCAGCUCUGCUCUGGCAAGAGGGAAGGGUUGUUACAGCACUGUGACACCAAGAAAUGCUGCUUUGUUAAGACUUUGUUUUAGGCCAGGAUGAUCCUGGUGGAGGUGGGCUGGUGCCAGGAGAUGCCAUCCUUGCCCCUGACUCCUCUACCACUGGCUCCACUGUGGCAUCUGCAGGCACUUGGGGGGGGGCGUGUGUGUUAUGCUGCCAAUGUGCCCCAGGACCAAGCCUUGCAGGGGAGUCACCAGAUGGACACGGGGGGGCUUGGUUGUGCUGCCUGUUGCUGCUGUGCUCAGGGUGCUGCCAGCCUGUGGCAAUUAACAUCUGCAAGCCCUUAUUUUCCCACUGCUUCCCCCAUCCCAGGCAAAGCCCCAGAGGCUCUGCUGCACCCUGCUUUAUAUCUCCUUCCAAAAAAAAGCAGUUACUGGGAGCCCCAGCACUUUGCUGGUGGCCUCAGGUCCCCUCCCAUCAGAAAGCACACCCCCACACACACUUUUUCUUGCCCAGGUGCUGCUCCCAGGAAAGGCGCUGGUGCUGGGGUUUUCCCACUGCAGUGCCCCUGGCAGUAGCUGGCUCUGCUGCCGGCAGAGAUGCUCCCAAGGAGCAAACCGUCCUUGUCAGCAGCUCUGAAGGGCUCCGAGGUGUUCCAGGGAUGCCAUUCACCUGCUGGCUGCUUACUAAUAAAAACACACGUCAUUAAGAUCCAGGGAAAUUCUUAGUAACAUGAUGCACCAUCGUUUUGAACAACAACAUUAGGCAAAGGGAAAAAAUGGAACAGGAAAGAAUGAGUCAGUCACAGAAACAAAACAAAAACCCAACCCAAAAAUAUAACCCAACCCCUGACAAUGCAAUCACUAGAAGGGAAUCAGCACCCCUUGCCAUAAAUAUUAAUUCAUUUUGUUAUGUGCAAUUGUGUGUAUUACUAUAGUGCAAAUAGCUCUGCAUUGAUCACGGAGCAGCUGGCCCAAAGGGGGCUGCCCCCAGGUGACACAGGGACUAGUUAAGGACAGACAAGAAUCAACAUGGAUUUAAAACAAACAAACAAA